AUGGAAGUGGAUGGCAUGGAAGUAAUUGCCAUCGCUGUUGUUAUUGGAAUGUUUUAUGUCGUGCUCAAACAGUUUGGGGUUUGGGAGCCUCUGUCGCUCGAAGACAGCUGUGACAAUGACUUUGAACUCUCGAUGGUGCGUCACCAACCAGAGGGCCUCGAUCAGCUCCAGGCCCAGACACAGUUCACCAGGAAGGAGCUUCAGUCGCUCUACAGAGGCUUCAAAAAUGAAUGCCCCAGUGGGCUAGUGGAUGAGGAAACUUUCAAGACCAUUUACUCGCAGUUCUUCCCUCAAGGAGAUGCAACCACAUAUGCACAUUUCUUGUUCAACGCAUUUGACAUGGACAGAAGUGGCUCCAUCCGGUUUGAGGACUUUGUGAUAGGAUUGUCUGUGUUGCUUAGAGGCUCUGUUACAGAGAAACUUCGAUGGGCGUUCAACCUGUACGACAUCAAUAAAGACGGCUACGUUACUAAAGAGGAAAUGAUGGCAAUAAUGACAUCCAUUUAUGACAUGAUGGGCAGGUAUACCUUACCCAGUGUACGAGACGACUCUCCCUAUGAGCAUGUGGAGAAAUUCUUCCAGAAAAUGGAUCGAAACAGAGAUGGAGUGGUGACUAUUGAUGAAUUCAUAGAAACCUGCCAAAAGGAUGAAAAUAUAAUGGCUUCCAUGCAGCUCUUUGAGAACGUCAUCUAGUGUUGUGUAAAGGGAUGUGGAUCAGUGACGCUGCAUAGUGCUUCUGGCUGCAAGCUGCUUCCAGCUGCAAGCAUCUGGCCCUGAAAUAACUUCAUCCAUCUUGAAAAAGAAAAAACAUUGUUCGUGCAACACAUUUGACAUUUUUAAUACAAAGUGAAGAAACCAGCCGCUUUUCCUGUUGAACUGUUCUAGGAAGAAACAUGUGCAGAAUACACUAAAUCACUUGAAGAAGAGAUGUUUCUUUGCAUGACAAUUUUGUUUUUGCACAUGAUCAAACCAGAUGAGCAUGAGUGCUUGCCCAUCAUCUAAAAGCAUGCGAUGCAAACCGCAUUGAACACAAACAAUAGUUUUAUUGUUGACCACUCUGAAACUAAAGCAAAAGAGAAUACUUUGUAACUGUAUUAUACUGAGAAAAAAAAAAUCUUUUAUUUAUCUUUUAGUUUCUAAGUUCUUCAGAUUUUUGUGUAGACAUGAUGCCCUGUCAUUGUCGUGUUGACCCAAAACCUGCUGAAAUAAAUAUAUACCAUCAC